ACUGUGGUAUUUUGUGGGUGCUGGACGACAGACGGCGGGAGCGGCGAGAGGGGCAGAAAACUGGCCGCGCGAGAGCUUGUGGCACUAGGUGGGCGGGGUGGUGGCUUACGGGCUGACCAUGCCGCCUGGACUUCCGUUGUUGCAAAAGGCCUGAAGUGGGACUGAAAUGAGGGAUAGAUGAGAUCCUCAGUUUGACCUGACUUCCGAAUGUUGUCAUCUCAUGUUCGCCUGGUCCCCACUAAAGUCCAGUUUGUCCGUUCCACAAUCUGCAAUUCUUCCCAUUCCUUCAUGGAUUUGAAGUCUCUUCUUUCUUCUUUGAAUGACUUUGCAUCCCUCUCAUUUGCUGAGAGUUGGGACAAUGUUGGAUUGCUGGUGGAACCAAGCCCACCACACACUGUAAACACACUCUUCCUGACAAAUGACCUGACUGAGGAGGUGAUGAAGGAGGCACUGCAAAAGAAAGCAGAUCUUAUUCUUUCCUACCAUCCACCUAUUUUCCGACCCAUGAAACGCAUAACCUGGAAAAGUUGGAAAGAGCGCUUGGUGAUCCAGGCUCUGGAGAACAGAGUCGCUAUUUACUCUCCUCACACAGCCUAUGAUGCUGCACCCCAGGGAGUCAACAGCUGGUUGGCUAAAGGGCUUGGAGUUUGCACCUCCAGGCCUAUACAUCCAUCCAGAGCUCCCAACUACCCAACCGAGGGAACUCAUAGAGUAGAAUUCAGUGUUAACCACACCCAAGACCUGAACAAAGUCAUUUCUGCAGUGAAAGCAAUUGCAGACGUUUCUGUCACUUCUUUUUCUGCUAGGACUGAUGAUGAAGAACAAACACGAAUUAGUCUGAAUUGUAGUCAGCAGGCUUUGAUUCAGGUGGUAGCAUUCCUUUCCCAGAACACACAGCUUCAUCAGAAGACUGAAAUUCUGUCACUAGAGAAGCCCCUGCUUCUGCAUACUGGAAUGGGACGGUUAUGCACACUGGAUGAAUCUGUCACCUUGGCAUCCAUGAUUGAGCGAAUCAAAAGACACCUAAAACUCUCUCAUGUUCGCCUUGCUCUUGGAGCAGGGAGGACCUUAGAGUCCCAAGUCAAAGUCGUGGCCUUGUGUGCUGGUUCUGGAAGCAGUGUUCUGCAGGGGAUAGAGGCUGACCUUUACCUCACAGGUGAGAUGUCCCAUCAUGAUGUUCUGGAUGCUGUUUCCCAAGGGAUAAACGUCAUCCUCUGUGAACACAGUAACACUGAACGAGGCUUUCUUUCUGAUCUUCGAGAUAUGCUGGGUGCUCACUUGGAGAAUAAGGUUGAUAUUAUCCUGUCGGAAACAGACAGGGACCCUCUUCAUGUGGUAUAAUGCAUGCAAGAACAAGGAUGACACACAUUACAAAAUAAUUGGCUCCCAACUUGAAUGUUAACCAGUGGCAUUGGCAUCUUUCUGAAUGUCUUGGACUGCACAUUAUGACCACAGUGUCGUAUAUACAGGUGUCCAGGCAUAAAGCUAAACUUACACAGUGUUAUAAACCAGUGAUUCCACAACCAAAGAAUGCAUGUUACCAUCUUAUUUGUUAAUCUGCUUCACUAUUCAAUAUAGCUCAUAAAGUAAAAGCUAUAUAACUACCACUAAAGAAAAUUAUUCAUUAUAAAGGAUAAAUUAAGGAUAUAUUAUAUAAAGUAUGUAUUCUUUAUAAACUAUAGCAAAGAGCAAUUAAAGUUGCUUUACUUAUUAACAUUCUUGAGAAGUAACUCAAGUAAUCCUUUCCUUAAUUAUAGAUGGAUUUGUGUCAUUUAGAUGUGUCUGCUCUUUGGUUAGUUUAAAAAUUGGGUACUGGAACAUAUAUUUCUAGAUAGUAGCCUGUGUGAUUAAGUUCUUUGUAUAAUCCUCCUGUUCCUAUAUCACUAACUUCCCACCUAAAUUUUAGAAUCAGGAUGAGGUUGGUUAGCUUUCAAAAUAAUACUAGUGAUUGCUUAUACAGUGUUAGUUUUGUGCCAUUCACUGUACUAGGUACUGUUACAAGCACUUAAAAUCCUUAUAAAUAAGCAAAUAGGUAUCAUUCCCAUUUUACAAAUGAGGAAACUGAAAUAGGUUAAACAGCUAGGAAGGGAUGGUGUUUUAAGGACUAUAUUUUGGGUAGCGAAAGUAAAUAUGGUGACCUAGAUACCUGAGAAGGCUUGUGGCCAAAGUGAUAAAUGCCAGAAGUGUUAUUAUAAGAAUUUGGUAAUAAGCUUUGUAUUUACAUUCAAAUUUAUAUUUUCCAAAGCAAUGGUAUUUCAAAUUUACUUUAUUUAACACAUUAAGGAUACUGUAACUAAAUAUUAUUAAAACCUCAGAUUUUAUAUUUCAUUUUUAUAGCCUCACAAUUUCUGUCUAGCACAGAGCCUUCUAAAUCAGUGAAUUAAAAUGGUUUAAUAGUUUGAAAAAUCAAGAUGUGGAGAUCCUCCUAAAUAGUUACAAAAAACCUGAGACAAAAGGUACUUAUGUAACCAUUUGUGAUAAAGCACUCACUGUUACCCCACAGGACUUUUUAUGUGAAUGAAGUAUUCAUAUAUUAAAACCCUAAACUUGAUGCUUAGAAUCCAGUAGUUCUGGAGUAUGUUGAACAGUUAUUUAGGGGCCAUUGUGGCAUGAGUUCAAUUCCUGGCCAGGGAGCUAACCCACAUACAGCACAGCAGACCUCUCCUGCCUUACCUGCUGCUCCCCUCAGCAGUGUAUUUCAGUACAUCCACCUGUUCUGCUCCCCACUCUGUCCCCGUUGAAUCCUCUCAUCCCCUACAUCUUUGGCCUUCACCCCAGUUCUUGUAUGCAUAAAUAAAUAAAAUAAAUCUUUAAAAAAAAAGUUAUUUAGCACUCCCUUCACAAGGAAUUCAGUAUUUCAUCAAAUUAGAAGAGUAUGUCUGUUCUAUAUUCCUGUGCCUUUUUUUUUUUUUGCCAUUUAUGAAAAGCAACCAAAAAAAUCUUUCAAGGUUUCAGGUCUGUUCAGUCUUCCCUGAAGAACUAACAUCAGCAGUUGAAGUCUUCGCAGUCACACUUUAUAUGGUAAGAGUUUAAGGCACAUGAAUGCUGAAACAAGUUAAAGAAGAGCAUAUAAUAAUCCUACCAAUAUCUUCAUCAGAUCUGUUAGAUGCACUUUUAAAAUUUCUGAAACACUUCAUGAGUUUUAGUGAAAGAUCAGUGCUGUAAAUUUAAAGUGAUUCUAUCCAAAUUGACUUGUUGUUUAUUAAUAUUAAAGAUGGCUGACACAUACUACUUGUAAAUAGUAUAGACACAAAAAUUAUAAAAAUAAACCAGUAGCUUUUUAAGAGCCAAUGCAAAGUUUGCACAUUAGGUCAUUAAAGAUUUUGUAUACUCUUUUUAUACUGUAAAAGCUAUGAUAAACUAGGUAUAGAUAUGGUAAGCAAAAAAUGCAAGGUGCAGGUCAGUGGAUAUCAUGCUACCAUUUAUGUUUUUAAAAGGAGAGAUAAUAGACAAAUAUUCUAUGCAAGACAUGUGCAUAAACACCACUGGAAGAAUUAACUAUUAUUGGUGGCCUAAGAAACUGGGGAAUGGAAAGGAAACUCACUUUUCAUUGAUAUACUUUGGCACAAUUAAAAAAAAAUUAGAAUCACAUUCAUGAACAAAUGUUUAAAUAUUUUGAUUAGUAACUAUACUUAAGAUUAAUCCCUUAAUACAUGAAUUUAACGUAAAUUAACUAUAUACAAAUGAUUCAAAAAACUAAGCAUUUCAGAAGAUUAUUUUCAUGAAAGAAGUUUACAAGGUAUGAAAUGAUGAAAAAUGUUGUUGCAGUACAGUACUUAAUACAGUGAUAUUUUAAUGAAAAAUUUUAUUUCCAAGUAUGAAAUAUUUAAAAGCGUAUGUGAAGACUAAGCUGACUACCAAGUGGCCAUGGCUAGCCUUUAUUUCUUUCCUAGGAAGAAAGGUUUGUAUUUAGGAGAUUAAGUAUUUAGGAGAUUUGAAAUCAUCACUUUAAGAAAAACAUUGAAAAAUCUUAGUGUUUUUAAGUCUAAUUGGUAAAUCAAGAUUAACUUAGUCAGCCAUUAAUAUGCUUCCCACUUGCAUGUUAUUCAAGAAAGAAAAAUAUGUUGAUAUACAAGAAUAAAUUUUUAUUUUCCAAUGUAUUGAAAAUGACUAAAAUGUAAUUUAGGAUUGUAGUUUUCUAGCCUGGCUUCUCCCUUGUAUUAUUAAGGUGAUGACACAGAACAGUUCUGAAUAUCAUGGUAGAUCCAUUAUUGUUUGUGUGCUUUCUAGAGUGGGUAUACACCCUCUGUACUUGUUAGGAUUUUCUCACUAUCCCAACUGAAUAGUGUCAUGCUCCCUCUCCCCCAACCAGUUUGUAGCCUAAAGGAGAAAGCUGGAUCGCCUACCUUUUCCCCAAACUUACAUCUUUUGUUAAGCCAUUUCUGAAGUCAUAAGAGAUGAUCUUUGCCUCCAUUACACUCAUCAACUCUGACACAGAGAACAGCAAAUAAAGCAGAUUAUGUGAUGCCAAUGCUUUUGUACUUCCACACUCUGGAACAAGUACAUUCACAAAUAAUCAGCUCCAGGAGUAUUUAAAAGACCCUCAAAAAAUUAGGGAUAUCAUCUCUAGUAUAAAAUAAUUCAAAAGCAUCCAGUUCCAAAUAGUCCCUGAGCACACUGUUCAUUCUUGCAAGAAGUCUCUGGAGAGGUAAUGAAAGAAAGGCACAUUUUCUCCCAACUUGAGAAUUACUGCAUAGUACUAGAGAUGGUACACCAGCCAGGCUAAUCAAGUUUCUAACUGAUGACAUUCCCCCCUCCCAAUUUUAAAUUUUGUACACUGGAAAAAGAGUCUAAUGUUGAAUGUAAACACAACACUUUAGACUAGAGGAGUGGCAGCCGAGGUACAACCCUUCCACAGAAGAUUCAAGACUGAAGGAUAGCUUCAAGAUUCCUCUUCUUCCUUUUCCAGGAAAUCAGUCAAUGUUCCAUUGUCAACAGGAAUUAACAAAUAUUCCACUCCAUCAGUUCCCUAAAAGAUAGAACAAUACCCUGAAAGUUGCUUCUAAGAGAUAUAUAUAUGAAUA